AUGCGGUAUAUCAGCGCCGAGGCCGCAACUGGCUCCCAUACAGACAACAAAGAGCCUUCCUCAGCGACCACAGCGUCCAGCUACCCUGAUCAAGCCCAGGUACUCGAAAUGUACAGGGACAAAGAAAGCGUUAUUGGAAUCAAUUACAGGGGCCAGAAAAGGGAGCUCCACGGCUGCGUGAACGACGCGAAGAAUGUGAAGAAAUUUCUGAUUAAACGCUUCGACUACAAGGCGGAGAAUAUUUUCAUGCUCACCGAUGACUCAUCUAACCCCCAUCACCAACCCACGCGGGCGAACAUUAUCGACGCGAUGCAUUGGCUCGUGAAGGAUGCCAAGCGGCACGAUUCAUUGGUUUUCCAUUAUUCGGGCCAUGGAGGCCAGACGAAGGACCUGGAUGGAGACGAAGUCGACGGCCUCGAUGAAGUCAUCUUUCCUGUGGAUUACAAAUGGACAGGCCAUAUAGUGGAUGACGAAAUGCAUAAGAUUAUGGUCAAACAUUUACCGCGAGGUUGCCGUCUAACGGCACUGUUCGACUCUUGCCAUUCUGGUUCUGCGUUGGAUCUGCCGUAUGUUUACCAAACAACGGGCCGAGAAAGAGGACAUAGCGAAGUGACGCCAAGUCAUUGGAAGGAGAAGUACACGGAUGCGGACGUCGUGAGCGAUGCUAACACACUGUUGAAAUUCAACCCCGCCCAUUGUAAUAAAUCGCAGAUCUCGUGGAGUGGCUGUAUGGAUUCUCAAACAAGUGCAGACACUUGGGAGGCAGGUGCUGCAGUUGGAGCGAUGAGCUAUGCAUUCAUGAAGUCUCUUACCGAUAAGCCUCAGCAGUCGUAUCAACAACUUUUAGGAUCAAUACGAUCUAUUCUCAAGAAACAUUAUAGUCAGAAGCCACAACUCUCUGCUUCACACCAUAUCGACACGACUCGCGAAUUCAUUAUGUAG